AUGGCGUCGCCGCAGCUUGUCAUAGCGAAGGCUUCCUUCUCGGCUGUUCUCCUGCGGCCAGACCCCACGAGCUGCUCGCGAGACGAGAUCGAGCACUUCCACACGCUUCUCAAUACGGCCAUCACGAGGUGUUCGCCAGCCAAUGUUCAGAAAUGCAAACAAUGGAUUCUAAGCAACCUGGCAACUUCGCCAGCCCGGGCGGCUGCUUUGGGAAAAUACCUCGUCGCCUUGGUCGAUUCGCUCAGCACGUCAACGUCAACAGCAUCCGACGCCAGUAUAGCGACCAAGAAACCGUCCACUAAGCGGCGGCGGUUACACGUCCUUUAUAUCAUCAACGAUGUGCUGCACCAUACGCGGAAACGACAGAAUGAAGAUUCGUUCGUUUGUGGCAUCGAACCAAGCUUGCCAACCCUUUUCAAAAGCGCGGCUUCCUUCACCCAUGCGCCCAAGCAUAUCAAGAAGCUAAACGAGCUCGUUAACAUUUGGAACACCCAGAACUAUGUCCGAGACCCUGAGAUUUCCAACCAACUGCUGGAUGCAAUCGUACGCGGACAGGAGGCGGCCCCCGAAUCAUCUCGCGAUGCGCCGGGCACCGAGACUGGCCGCGACUCGACCAAGAAGAGCUCUAAGGAGGUACCCUUCGUCAUGCCGGCAACCCACGGCGACCCCUCCACGGCCUGGUACGAUCUCCCUGCUGGAAACUGGCUCCCAGUGCUUGAGCCAAACUCGACACGUCCGAUGAACCCUGCCCUAAUCAAGCCUUUACAGUUGGCUUCCGGGCCUGCCGAUAAGGGCUUGGUCGACGCCGUUAGCCGUCUGCUGGCUCGUGUGGACCGCAUAUAUGGCAAGGACGUGCGUCUCGCAGAUGACGACACCCCGGGAGAGUACCCGGCUGUAGACAUUGAUCAGAUGGGCGAGCGUGUGGAGCUGGACGAGAUCACAGGCGAAGUGCUCGAUGGCGAAACCUAUUAUGGCUGGUCACGUGCAUUUUGCAAGAAGAUGAAGGCUCGGAGGCAAGGUCGGAAACCACAAAACCCCAGCUCAAGGAGCAGGUCACAAUCUUCUCGCGAUUCCAGAAGUUUGAGUCGUGGUCGAGACCGUAGCAGGAGCCGAAGCAGUCGUUCAAGGAGCACUUCUCCGCAGAAUUUCAAACGCCGCCGUGUUAGUCAGUCUCGCAGCUGUAGCAGCCGAAGCCACUCCAAAGGUGGGCGCGCGAAUCGCAACCGCGAUUACUCUUCAGACAGGUCCCGCCGCCGAUCGCGCAGCUAUUCGCCAUCACGAUCAAGGAGCAGAGAUCCUCGCCAAAGGUCUCAGGACGGCCCUCGUAGAUCGGCUUCGCCAGGAUACUCUCCACCGCCCGCAAACGCCGCUGCACUUCCGCCACCGACGCCUACAGGGGCUGCACCAGGAAACUAUAACACCAUGACGGUUCCUCAGUUCCCACCCCCGCUGCUACCAAUGCAAUUUACUCCGAUGCCCGGUAUGCCAAUGCCUAUGCCGCAACUGCACCGGGGCUACGGAGGCAUGCAGACGCAGGGCUCAGGACCGCCUCAGAUGCCCGGUUUCCCUGGCUUGUGGCCACCGCCGCCACCCCAACCACAGUUCGCCAUGCAUAAUCAGCAGCAACAGGCCUGGGCCUGGGGUGGGGCACCUAUGCCACCUCAUCAUCAACAACAGCCCUAUCGUAAUCAACAGCCCGGCAUUGGAUACCAGAAUCAUGGUCGCGGCGGGGCGAACAACAAUGGAAGCUUCAGGGGUAGGGGUGGUUAUAACCAGAACAGAGGCGGUCGUGGUUGGUAG